UCGCUGACGUCUGUUAGGAACAAGGGACGAGCUAGAGGACUGCAAACCCAGAGUCACCUCCAACCGCCGCCUCCAUCGCAGCCGGGGGGGUUCUGUCCGCAUGCUCAGGUUUCCCGUCUGCCUUGCUCCAGCCUCUGUGAAGAGAAGGAUUUGGGCUAUUCCGUGCGCCCGGUUACAUCUGACAGACUGGGUAAAAAGACAGCGUACCUGUCUCCACGAGAUCCUCAAUCACCACUCUGCAAAGCUACGGAGUACUGCUUGAGACCUCCAGUUUGUUUCCCUCGAGGCAGCUCGCACUGCAUGCAGCAAAAGUUGUGCGGAAUAUCUACCACAAACCCGCCUCUUAGCGUACUAUGUACUUCUAGAAGACCCCCCGGAGCUCCUGGUUACUUCGGUUUGCUCGGCAGCUCACGGGCGGUGUCCCACUGGAGAGGCUUCGGGUCACCCUCAGGGUCCAGUUGA